UACGGGGCUGGAGAGAUAGCUCAGCAGGUGUUCCGACAUGGCGACCGGGCCCCACUGGCCUCCUACCCCACAGAUCCACACAAGGAGGCUGCCUCCACCUUGUGGCCUCGAGGCUUGGGCCAACUGACUAAGGAGGGGAUCCGCCAGCAGCUGGAACUGGGCCGAUUUCUGAGGAGGCGUUACAAGGCUUUUCUGAGCCCUGAGUACAAGCGCGAAGAGGUGUACAUCCGCAGCACAGACUUUGACCGGACAUUGGAGAGUGCACAAGCCAACCUGGCUGGGCUCUUCCCUGAGGCUGCCCCUGGAAGUCCUGAGACUGACUGGAAGCCCAUUCCAGUGCACACAGUGCCUGUGUCUGAGGACAAGUUGCUGAGGUUCCCCAUGCGCAGCUGUCCUCGAUACCAUGAGCUGUUACGAGAGUCCACGGAGGCAGCUGACUACCAGGAGGCCCUGGAGGGCUGGACGGACUUCCUGACCCGCCUGGGCAACUUCACUGGGCUGUCCCUGGUUGGAGAGCCACUCCGUAGAGCAUGGAAAGUUCUGGAUACCUUGAUCUGCCAGCGUGCCCAUGGUCUUGACCUUCCAUCCUGGGCCUCUCCAGAUGUCUUGAGGACUCUAUCACAAAUUUCUGCUCUGGAUAUCAGGGCCCAUGUGGGCCCACCCCGAGCAGCAGAAAAGGCCCAGCUGACAGGGGGGAUCUUGCUGGAUGCCAUUCUCAGCAAUUUCUCCCGGGCCCAGCGCCUUGGGCUGCCCCUCAAGAUGGUCAUGUACUCAGCUCAUGACAGCACCCUGCUGGCCCUCCAGGGGGCCCUGGGCCUCUACGAUGGGAACACUCCACCUUACGCUGCCUGCAUGGCUUUUGAAUUCCGGGGGAGCUCCAGGGAACCCGAGGAGGAAGAUGGAGAGAAUGUCACUGUCUCUCUCAUCUACCGCAAUGACACCUCCCGCCCACCCCUGCCACUCAGGGUCCCUGGGUGCCCAGCUCCCUGUCCACUCGGGCGCUUCCAGCAGCUGACAGCUCCAGCCCGGCCUCCAGCUCAUGGGGCCCCCUGCCAUGGUUCUUAUGAGCCUGCCAGCCCCCCAGACCGCUGGAGUAUCCUCUGGAAACAGGCCAAAGGUGGGCAAGUGCGCCUGUGCCUCACCUGCUCUGGACCCAGCUCAUCACCCAGAUUCUACCCACGCCGGAACCGAAUCAAACAGCACACCCUACAGAGGGCAAUGAACCAGCCAUUUAAUAGAAACUCACGAAGGCAGAAGUUCCAGGGCUGCCCACCUCGCCCCUCCACUAAAUCCAGAUCUGCAUUGGCCAAGGGCCAUCUGUGCAGCCAGGGAGACCAGACCCAGCUGGAAGGUGCUUCAAAAGGGAAGGGCAUGGUUAAAAGAAAACGGGGACAAGGUCCCCAAAGCAAAAUCUUUACAAAAGGGGGUUCUCCUCUCCCCAAAACCAAAGUGUCACAUAAGCUCAAAAUAAAAUAUAAAGUAAAAAUGCUGCAUUAG